AUGUCGCAACCCGCCGCCUCUCCUCCUCAGCCGCAUGCUCUUUCCAUCUUCUCCAUCAUCCCUCGAAAUUCACAUGCUGAAGCUGUGCUCCAGCAUCCCCGCAACGCCUGGCUGGUCUCGACAGUGCAUGGUCAAGAUAACACUGUGCUGCGCGGCCUCAACAUUGGGCCUCACAUUGCAGCUACGGCCAAGUGGACGCUCGCGACAAUUGGCCGGAACGCUGACAUCGUCGUCGACGACGCUCAGGUGUCACGCACUCAAUGCAGCUUCGAAGUAAACGACAAGACGGGAGCGAUCUUGUGUCAGGACAAAUCCUCAAGGCAGAACACUCACAUGUGUGACCCUACCUAUGACUUUGAAGCAGGUCGCACACCCCGCCAGGUGCUUGUGAGCCCAGAAAUCAAUCGAGAGUUCUGGUUUGGCACACGAAACGGCAAACAGUGGCACUUCGCUAUCAUCUGGCAUCAGGGCGAUGCCGAUGUCGGUCAACUUCUGAACUCUCGUAUCGAACCCUCGUGGCUGGCUCGGACCAUUGUAGAGGCAGAUACCGCGCCAUGCUCGAGGAUAAUGACGCGGGUGCAUACUCCAGCGCCAGGAGUGCGCCGUAUCAAGUGGCUCAAGCGCGGAUUGCUUGGGCAGGGCAGUUUUGGCGAAGUCUGGUCGGCCAUCAACGCUCACGAUGGCAACGUUUUCGCAGUGAAGGUGAUAAAAAUACCUGACCAAUCCUCAGCGAGCCAUGCGUCACGGUACCAAAGCUUGAAGCGAGAGGUGAACAUAUUGGAUAAGAUCUCACAUCCGAACAUUGUCGAGUUCAUAGGCAGCCAACCUGACGAACAUACGACCAAUGAAUAUCACAUCUUCAUGAGUCUCGCCGACGGUAGUGUGUAUGAUCUUAUACCGAGACAGACGUAUCGUGGACCCGACGCAGAAGCAGAGCUUCACAACUUCUUCAACCAGAUGUUAAACGUUCUCGUCUACCUUCAUGAUCAAAACAUCAUACACCGCGACAUCAAACCACAAAACAUCCUCUACACUCGACGUGAGCAGGCACCGGAUGACGACAAUGGCGGAGCGGGUGCCUCGUACCACUACCAGCUUGCGGACUUCGGCCUCUCAAAGAUAGUGGACACAGGACACACCUUUGUUGGGACCAUGUGUUAUAUUGCUCCGGAACUUUUUCGAGAUUGCGAGCAGACCACCAAGGCCGAUGUAUGGGCGCUUGUCGUCACCCUCCUCGUCAUGGUCCGGAGUCAUGACUGCAAAUUGGUCAAACUAUGCAACCCGGCCUCCAUUGUUUCCCAUAUCACCGAGGCUAUCGAACAAUCAAAAUGGGGCGCACUGAGGCCAAUGGCAUACGAGGACCCCGCGAAGCGGGAGUCAGCAAGAGAAGUGCGAGCGCGUAUGUACGGGAGUGCAUCAACAACUUCUACCCAAUCUCAAAGCCAGGAGACCAUUGUUGCCAGCGUUGCAACACCGGUGGCCGGCAAAGACGUAGUGUCUGCGAAGAAGAGGGUCAGGAACACUAAAAUACGGCAAAUUGCUGACCACAAAGAGUUUGAUGGAGGCGCACAGAAGAUCCAUUACCUGAGACAUGUAGCUGUCAAGACCUUGACACCCCUAGAGCCUUUGCGAGGUAGAGGGAGAAGAAAGCACAGAGACAUUUCAGGGCUGCAGGAAAUCCGCAACUGA